AGCAACCUCUCUGGUAUUUGCCAGAAUCCGCGUAUUUCCAGUACGGACCUGGAUUCUGAAACAAUUACACUCUUACAAGUAAAACACGGUGCUUGGUGAUGUAGGACACGUACGUAAAUAUUACGCACACUUGUGGAACGUUAGUACUUACACGCUGUUUCCGGAAGGACUGGUUUCAGCACUGCGCGCAGUUAAUGAGAAGCACGUGCUUCCUGGACUCCCGUUGCGCAUGCGUUAUGUAAAACAGGAAGAUGGUGGCUACCAGGAGAGGCACGCGCGUUGGGCCGGAGGAAAUCAAGGAAACGGGAGCAGAUAUGGGGGGACAAGCAGAGAAUGCUGCUGAUGUAGACGCUUCGACAACUCCAGCCGACACACAAAGCCAAGCGAUAAAGGGACCUCCGUCGGAAGAGCAAUCUGGAAUAAUAAAUGAAGACUCUGAUGUCUCCAAGGCACCCAAGUCCACCUCCCAGACAGUCACAAGAAGCAGACGCCGAAGCGGCCAAUCAGACGGAGAGGUUUCAGAAGCCGAUUCGACUUCCUCUAGCCAUUCCUUAAGAAUGACCCGAAGCAGGCAAUCCCUUACCCGCCCAACUGACUCUUCCAGGACACUGAGACUUCGCAGAUCCGUUGUGGUGACCGAUCCAAUUCUGGAACUGAAAGAAGAUGCAGAAUUAUCUGAAGCCGAAUCCAACUGUUCUUCCGUUUCCGCUAGAGACACAAGGAGACGAAGUACAAGAGCAAAGACUUCAGGAAGUCAGAUGUCGGUUUUAGCAUCCGGAACAGUCUCCGAGGUCAUUGAAAUAUCUGAUUCGGAAUCCAAUUGUUCCUCUGCUUCGGGGGUAAUAAGCAGGCGCACUAGAUCGGCAAAGAUCCAGGCAAAGCUGGUAAAAUGCCCACCGCCGCCACCUUCCAAAAUCGAGGAGGUAUCAGACGCAGAGUCGUGCUCUUCUGGCAUUUCAGAAAAUCCAGUAGCCAGACGUGUAAGACAGAGAACGAGAUCCACAACUCAACAGGGAGACAAAGGCUUGAGCCCUGAAACUGCCACCAAGAAUAGUCUGAAACCAGAAACUCCAAAAAAACCGAUUCCGGAAAGAAUUGCUUCCGAAGGUGAACAAAACCUGUUUUCCCCUCGUAGGAGUUUAAGAACUAGACACAUCAGCGAACAAGAACACGUAAAUACUUCUAAGGAUAUGAACAGAAGUGCCUCCUCAACCAAACGUGAAGUCCUCUCAACGCCCAUUAAGGAUAGUCAAGAACCUUUGGACUUGCCCAAAAUAAACCAGCACUCUGCCAACUUAUCAAAUGAGGUGAUAGAUCUUGAGCAGAUGCCAGCAGAGACCAGCAUCACCAACAUGGAUUCUAAGAACCGAUCAUAUGAAUCGAUAGAUCUUGAACAGGAUCCAGAAGAACCAAGUCAAAUCAGCAAGGAGGCAGAAGACCGGUCAGUAGAGAUUAUAGAUCUAGAGGAGGAGGAGUCAGCAGAGCCCAGUAAGGAGACAGCCAAUAUAAGUAAAGAACCGAUAGAUCUAGAACAGGAGGCUCUAGACUCAAGUAACAACAGCAAGGAAUUAAGCAGCCCUGUAGUGUCUGAUCCGGUUGAUAUACACAGUCAGAUUCUGGAAGGGACAAGCCAUAAGCUUGACGGGAAGAGUUCAAGUAAGGGGUUUGGGAGCAAUGACAAUCUUUCAAGUCAUCCCAAUAUAAGUUUAUAUCUGGAUAGCGAUGAGAGUGAAGGUUCUCAACACAGUGAUGAUGCAGAGGAGUCUACCGAUGACGAAGAAAUGGAAGAGGAGGCAGAGAACGCGAUAGGUUCCAGGAAAAGCAAAGAACAACCAUCAGCGGACGCCCUCGGCGAUGGACUUUUUGUUAUUGACACUGUUCCUGGAUUAGACCCCAUUAAAACCUACUAUGUGGAUCACAAGAAAGAUACUGCGAAGAGCAUAAAUGAGGAGAGUGAAGAAGAGGAGGAGUCAGACGAGGACUUUAUCGAUGAAGAUGAGGAAGAGGAAGAAGAUGAUGAAAACGAUCUGUUAAAUAGACCCAAUCCUGCUCUGAAACUCUCAAGCAGCAUUAAAACGGGACUGAACAUCAAGGACCUGGGGGGUUUAUGCAUCAGCUUCGAUGGGGAGAAGCCCAACCCAGGGCCGAGCCUGCUAAAGAAAAUGAAGAAGGACCACUCUAAGCUAGACGAGAUCAUGAAAAAGAGCGUCAUUACCCCUGACAUAGAAAAGAAGGAAAGCAUCAAGCCAUACAAAGAGUCUAUCAAUAAGCUGAAGCAACAGCGCAAGGAGGAGAGGGAGAAGACGACAGGACUCGGCUGGUUUGACAUGAAAGCCCCGGAAAUGACGGAGGAACUGAAAAAUGAUCUGAAGGCUUUAAAAAUGAGAGCCGCCAUGAAUCCCAAGCGGUUUUACAAGAAGAACGACAGAGAUGGUUUCCCCAAAUACUUCCAGGUUGGCACUGUAGUGGACAGCCCAUUAGACUUCUACCAUUCCAGGAUCCCUAAGAAGGAGAGGAAGAGAACACUAGUGGAUGAGCUUCUGGCAGACUCGGAGUUUAGGAGAUACAAUAAGAAGAAAUACAGAGAGAUCAUGGCAGAAAAAGCCGCUAUGGCUGAAGGCAAGAAGAAGCGGAAGAAGAAGACGUUCCGGAAAUAACGGCAACAUUUCAGUCGCUCUUGGCUCCUCCCUUAUUUUUGGAGCGUAAUAGGAAGCUGCUUUAUAGUGGGAGGAGUUUGGCGAGAUUGCCGCUCCCCUGUAGACUCAAAGGAAAUCGGACGAUUAUGCGUUUAUAAGACUCUCCAACUGUCAUACGGGGAUUCGUUCAUAGAAUAACACCACGCAGAAGUGUACAUGGGAAGAGGCUAAAUUUGGAUUUCAGAAGCAAUAGAAGCUAUAUGAUGGCCACUAAAUCACUUUGCCAAUGUCAUAUACAUUUUUACAUAUAAAUAUACUAGUGUGUACGAAUUAUAUUAAGACUUUCCAAGCCACCGCCAGAUCAAAGCAAAAUAAAUAUUCAUUGGAGUCUCUAAA